GGUGGGGGACGCGUUUUGGUGUGACAGAACGCGGAAGCGGCGCGGUGCGGAGCGGCGCCCCCGGCACCGGCAGCGCUAUCGCCGCGAUGUCCUCCGACUUCGAGAGCUACGAGCAGGACUUCGCCGUGCUCACGGCAGAGAUCACGGGCCGCAUCGGGAAGGUGCCGAAGCUGGUAGGAGAUGAGAAGAAGCAGAUGGUUGCAAAUGUUGAGAAACAGCUCGAAGAAGCGAGGGAACUGCUUGAGCAGAUGGAACUUGAAGUUCGAGAGAUCCCACCUCAAAGCCGAGGGAUGUACAGCAGUCGAAUGAGGAGCUACAAACAAGAAAUGGGAAAACUUGAAGCUGACUUUAAAAGGUCACGAAUCGCCUACAGUGAUGAGGUGCGGAAUGAACUCCUAGGGGAUGACGGGAAUUCCUCAGAGAACCAGUUGAUAAAAUUACGUGAAGAGAGGGCACAUCUGCUCGAUAACACAGAGAGGCUGGAAAGGUCAUCUCGGAGACUAGAGGCUGGAUACCAAAUAGCAGUGGAAACCGAGCAGAUUGGACAGGAGAUGCUUGAAAACCUCAGCCAUGACAGAGAGAAGAUCCAGCGGGCUCGGGAAAGACUUAGAGAAGCAGAUGCAAACCUGGGGAAGAGUUCCAGGAUUUUGACGGGAAUGUUGCGAAGGAUCAUCCAAAACCGGAUUUUGAUCGUUGUGCUGGCAGUCAUCAUCAUCUUCACCACCAUGAUGGCUAUUUAUUUUUCUGUCAGGGGACGCUGAUAUCUUUGUUCUUCACUAAACAGCAACAAACUGCUUGUUCUGAGUAAUUAAGACAAAGUGGUCACAUGAAUCAUUCUCUUGCACUGACAGAGUCUCCCUCUCUUUUCCACUCUUCAACUCAGGUGCAAGUGGUGUAAAAUAUUUUGUAUUAUUGAUGGCAUAGUUGAUGGCAUGUGGGGCUAUUUUUUUCUUACAUAUUUGUCCUUAUCUGAGUGUUUUCAGGAUCUUAAUAUUUGUUGGAGUGAGGGCUUGUUCUGGUAUAAAAAGACUUAAUAUGUGUUGAAUUGUUCACAGACAAUUAUCCUGUAAGUUACCAGAGUUUCAUGAGGGAAGAGGGGUCUUUGCACUUUUCUUGUGCUGUGCAGGGUGUAUGAAUAUCAAGCAGUAUCUGACCUUCUGUGAUUUAAAAUAUAAGUAAAGCAAAGACCAAAUGAUGUAGAAAGUGAACCUGUCUCCUGUGACUAACUCCCAAUCACACAUUAUCGUAGUAGAUGUAACCUGGUUAAGAACAGUAGCUAGUUUUAAAAAGAGAGCAACCUUAGGAUGGUGUUUAAUAUAUGAUGUAAAUCCAAAAUUCAAUUUAACCGUUUUUUUAUUUAAAAUUAGGCUUUCUUUUCUGCUUAUUCAAAGCAAUUCCACUUUCAUCAAGAUCAUGAAAACACAUCACUUACCUAAAAUGUAGUUAUGGCUACAGCCCAUCUGUUGAAUCUCUUUUAAAUCUUCCAGUGUUGAGAUAUGUACUGAUAAGCAUUUCACACUAGGCCCUUAAUGAAGAUAUUUAAAGAUACUUAUCUAUUUGUUGCUGAUUGAAAAGAGAUCUUAAGUAAUAGUUCAGCAACAAAUGUGUGAUUAUAGUGCAUUAAACAAUCUAGAUUUUUAAUACUGGCCUGACUAUAUUGAGACUGCAUGUUGGAGUAUUUUGAGUGUAUUAAAUUCUGAUGUGAUAUUCCCCUUUUUAAACAGAAACUGUAAAAUGUUAAUUUAUAUAUGCUUUUAGCUGAUAUAAUAUAUCAUAGUUUCAUCUA